AUGAGCACAGUAAAACAGUUCUCGAAAAAGGUGAUACUAUUUACAAAUGCAAAGAAAAGUGCAAGAGAAUACGUAGUGGUAUAUGGACUAUCAAGGAAAAAAACCACGCACACACACACACACAAAAAGAGAACAAAAGACACCGAACGGUUAUCAGCUGUGUGAAGAGAGUGCCGGUGACGGAGGACCAGCUGCGCCUACCGCGCAUGAUAACCCUCGAUGGCUCUUGGAUAACAAGCACUCAGCCCAACCCCCCUAUAUAGUUCAUGCUGCCAAGUGCCAUAACGACUUUUCGGCGCCUAUACAAUCCCCACAGAUGCUCCUUGAAGAUGCUGGAAAGAACAAAGAAAAUGCAAAGGAAAAAAAAGAAAGAAAUCAACGACAAACAUUCCGUAUCUGUCUUUCCAGGAACACGUUUGUAACACUGCUGCGUCCGCUUACUCUGAGAACUCUUCUCAGGCAUUUGCCGCGUGUGAAAAUCAAGCUUUUGACUGACCCGCGUUUCUAAAUCAUGCCAUGCGUGCAACGUCCGCUCCGUGCUGGAACAGUCUAUGGAGCUUCUAGUCUACUCACUCUCCAGUGCUGGAUCCUCUCAGCCUUCUACCAAGGCUUACAUUGCGACCGAGAUCCGUUAUGCCACCCACUGAAUGUCGGUUGCUUGGGUUUCGGGCAACGCUCAAUUGCGUUCUAGCUCGUAGACCGGCGGAUAAGGGCUUCUCGAAAUGGGCUGGAGAUCCCUCUCGGCCUAGAUUGUGGCCGAACCGAUUCUGAUCACGGAACAAGAGACUGUGCUCAUUCGACGGUGUACUGCUCGAAACACUUGGCCGACGAAGAUGCGAUGUCGUCUGAAUAGCAGGUGAUGGCUGCAGGUCAGACAUUGGCUCGCGAGAACCAAUCUGCC